ACUUCAUGGAAAAUAAGUCCAGUUUUACAGAAUGGAAACAAAUAUCUGAUUGUGAUUAAAACUGCAUGUAUCAGAUAGGGGCACAGACUGCUGAACGCUGGAAUAAAAAGUCUCAUUCUGUGUGGGUCUCAAUUGCAUGGCCAGACUGAAAAAAACUUAAAUAAAAUCAUGGGUCUUUGAUACUGUUCAGGGGGCCAGGCCAAAUGCAGAGGUGGACCGGAUCUGGCCCAUGGGCCGUAGUUUGUGGACCCCUGCCUUAGAGUAAUCAAUCAACCUAUGAAGCAUGUUUUUUGGACUGUGUGAGUAAACUAGAGAGAAAAUCCACACAUGUACAGGGAGAAUAUGCAAACUCCACACAGGAAGGUCCCAGCCGGAAUAAAAAAAAAAAAAAAAAAAAAAAAAAAAAACAGAACCUUCUCAUUGUAACCACUAUACAUGCAGCCCAAUCAGAUCUAUCAAAUUCCCUUUAAAAUAAUUUCAGGAAUGCAAAUGAGCUAAAAAAAUAAAAAUAAAAAAAAAAAUUAAAAAAAAGUAUUUUGCUUAUUUAUAAUAUCCUACCUGAGCUUUACAGUUCGAUUAACUUCUGAGCAUUUUGUUUUAAGCUUUUUCUUUAAUAAAACUGUUCAAAAUUAUAUUACAACAACUUAGCCUCUUUAAAAUGUUCUGUGAGAAUACAUGUGCCAAUAGGUUCUACAGUACAUUAAAAAUAGAAAGAUAGAAAUUGUUAUUUAUGUAUUUGUUUGUUUAUUUCUAACAAUAUUAAUGUAGAAAGAUGGAUCUGUUUAGAAGAGUGCAGUGAACAACUAUCUCCAGCAGGUGUCGCUCUUGAGAAGAUUCCAACUACUACCAAUAACCAUAGAAGAAAAGCUAUCGCAGGCUCCUCCCACCUAAUAUGGCGGAGUAGUGAACUGUACAUGCUUGUUUGUUGACAUGCAGUUUAAAAUAGUAAAAACGCUGUUUUCAUAGAUUUACACCUAUCUCAGUCAUGUCGAGGCUCAUCGUUAAAAACCUCCCUAAUGGGAUGAAGGAGGAAAGGUUCAGGUCCAUGUUCGCGGCCUUUGGCACCGUGACAGACUGCUCUCUGAAGUUUACCAAAGACGGAAAGUUCCGCAAGUUCGGCUUCGUGGGCUUCAAGUCGGAGGACGAUGCGAGCCGAGCUCUGAAACACUUCAAUAAGAGCUUCGUGGACACGUCCAGAGUGACGGUGGAGAUUUGUAAAGCCUUUGGAGAUCCUACUAAAGAGAAAGCCUGGAGUAAACACUCUCAAAGUGCAGGAAAGGACAAGCCCUCUGGUCCUGCUCCCACUGAAGGGAAAAAGAAAAAGAACCAGAAAAAGGAAACAAAAACUGGACUAGGAAAUCUCGAAGAGGACCAAGGAUUUAAGGAGUUCCUGUCAGUGCAUCAGAAUCGCAGCCAAGCACAAACCUGGGCAAAUGACGCCGUUCAGGGAGCAGCUGAUCCUGAGAGCCGGUCAGCAAAGUCCAAGAAGAAGACGAAAUCCGUUUCUGACGACUAUCUCAACUUUGACUCAGACCAAUCAGAGGAUGAAGACGCAUCUCCGAAUGAGGAUGAUGAUGAUGAUGAUGAAGUUGAAGCUAAAGAAGCUUUGAAGUCUGGCUUGUCCGAUAUGGAUUAUCUGCGCUCAAAAAUGGCACCAAUAAAGGACACCAAGGACGAAGAUGAAGAAGAGGAUGAUGGUGCAGUUCAGCACGCUGACAGCGCCUAUGAAAGUGGGGACAGAGAAAACACUGCAAAGACCAAACCCUCUCCUGAGAUCAAGAAGCCGAGCAAAGCCAAGAAAACUGCCAAACAGGAGACGGAGCCAGCUACAGAGUUCACGGUGAAGCUCAGGGGAGUGCCGUUCAGCGUCAAAGAGCAACAAAUCAAAGAGUUCAUGACCCCGCUGAGGCCUGCAGCUAUCAGGAUUGGGAGGAACGAAAGUGGACAGAGAUCAGGUUAUGUAUAUGUGGACUUGCACUCUGAAGAAGAAGUGAAUAAAGCCUUGAAGAAGAAUAAAGACUACAUCGGGGGGCGUUACAUUGAAGUCUUUAAGGUUGAUCACGGUGGAGGGAAGGCCAAGAAAGACAGAAAAGACACAGAACCCGACAAAAACUUCACCAGGAAGCUGAAGGAUGACGAGGAGGAAGAGGACGUUUCAGAGACCGGUCGACUAUUUGUCAGGAACCUUCCUUACACGUGUACCGAGGAAGAUAUUAAAGAGCUUUUUAGUAAACACGGUCCUUUGUCUGAGGUGUUGUUUCCUAUUGACAAUUUAACCAAAAAGCCCAAAGGAUUUGCUUUUGUCACCUAUAUGAUACCCGAGAACGCCGUAACCGCUCUAGCCCAGCUCGACAGACACGUGUUUCAGGGCAGAAUGCUCCACCUUCUUCCAUCCACGGUGAAGAAAGAAAAGCCCGAAUCCUCAGAUGAUGGUGGUCCUGGUUCCUCGUCAUACAAACGGCAAAAAGAUGCAAAAAAUAAGGCCUCGAGUUCCAGUUCACACAACUGGAACACAUUGUUUCUGGGCACAAGUGCAGUGGCAGAUGCCAUAGCUGAGAAAUACAAUACAACUAAGAGUCAAGUACUGGAUCAUGAGUCAAAAGGAAGCUUGGCAGUCCGAAUGGCUCUGGGAGAAACGCAAAUUGUACAGGAAACGAGGCAGUUCCUCCUGGAUAAUAGCGUCUCUUUGGAUUCCUUCAGCCAGGCAGCUGCAGCGAGGAGCACAACUGUGAUCCUGGUCAAAAACCUUCCAGCUGGAGUGACCGCCUCUGAGCUUGAAGAGCUUUUCUCGCCUCAUGGCUCUUUGGGCCGAGUGCUGCUCCCGCCAUCAGGACUCACUGCCAUCAUAGAGUUUCUGGAGCCAACAGAAGCCAAACGGGCCUUUACAAAGCUGGCUUACAGCAAGUUUCAUCAUGUUCCUCUAUAUUUGGAGUGGGCACCUGUUGGGGUGUUUGUUGCAGAUCAACAGAAAACAGUUUCAAACAAAGAAGAAGAUGUAAAAGUAAAGCAGAAUUUGGAAAAAGAAGACAAAGAAGAGGAAGAUGAGGAGGAGGAAGAAGAAGAAGCUGUUCCUGGUUCCACACUCUUCAUUAAGAACCUCAGUUUUAGCACAACCGAGGAAAAAUUACAGGAGACUUUCUCCAAAUGUGGCAAAGUCAAAUUCUGCAGCAUCUCUAAGAAGAAAGAUAAAUCAGGUAAGAUGUUGUCUAUGGGCUAUGGCUUUGUCCAGUAUCAGUCAGCAGAGGGAGCUCAGAAAGCCCUCAGGCAGUUACAGCACUGCACUGUAGAUGAUCACCAGCUAGAACUAAAGAUUUCGGACAGAGCAACCAGAGCAACUGAGGUGUCCCGGAAGAAGAAGCAAGUUGAGAAGAAGCAAACAGGGUCCAAGAUUCUGGUGCGCAACGUUCCCUUCCAGGCCACCGUCAGGGAGAUUCGAGAGCUUUUCUGUACAUUUGGGGAGCUGAAGACGGUUCGCCUUCCCAAAAAAGCAGCUGGUUCAGGGAACCAUAGAGGGUUCGGCUUUAUCGAUUUUAUCACCAAACAAGAUGCUAAGAAAGCCUUUGCCGCUCUCUGCCACAGCACUCAUCUGUACGGGAGACGUCUUGUGCUGGAGUGGGCAGAUGCUGAGGAAACGGUGGAAGCUCUAAGGCGGAAAACAGCAGAGCAUUAUCAUGUGUCUGCCAAAAAGAGCAAGCAAGCUCAAGUUUUGGGAGAAAUUCUGGAGACAAUGGAAACUGAAGGACGAGCUGAAGAUUGAGGACUCAGAUAAAAGCAACACUUCUUAUCGACGAUUCUUCUGUUCUUUGUUAAGCAGACAAAGAUGUUCCUGAAUAGUAUUUACAGUGCGUGCAAAUUAGAUUGAAUUUAUUGGCUUCGGUUAUCUCAUAAACGUCUUUCAUUUCCCAUUGCAGCAUGACUAAUAAUGAACGCAUUUUUAUAAAGAUUUAUUUCUAUUAUAUUGA